CCCGAGCUCGGCGGGUCGCUGUGGGGGGUGAGGGGUUGUGUGCGGUCCCUCGUGCGUCCGGCCUGCGCCGCGCUUGAGCUCGCGACUUGUGACCUCGGGUGUCCCUAACCGCCCCCCUCGCGCCGGCUGCUCCUCCGCUCGGGAUGUCGGUGCCGGCCAAGCGGUGCGGGCGGCCGCCCGUGCUGUCCUUCCUGGAGAAGAAGAAGAGGAAGCAAAGCCUGGACAGGCGACGGGGGAAGACGAGGAUCUACGUGGGGAACCACAUCGACCGGUGGCUGACGCUGAAGGAGAAGUUGGAUUUCAGAAACGAUGCUGAAGUCGCGGGGUUUUUGCUGGACUUGUACGACAACUAUGACCCCCUGUUAAAAACGUCGAUGUGCGCACUGCCCGAGGGUGCGAGAAGGAUCGCCAUGAAGGAGGGAAGAUCCCCCCUGCCCGAGGACACUUCUUUAAUAGCAGCUGACGGAACAUAUGGCAACGAUGACCAGCUGUCUAAAGAAUCUACUUGUUCUGGACCUGAAGAUGUGAGAAUUGUAACUGUGAAAGAAGAGAGGGAUUUGUCAGAUGACUGCUUGUCAGCAGAGACAGAUGACACAUGUACUUUCAGGUUUCCCAGCACAAACAUCAAGAUAACAUUCACAGCUCUGUCCAAUGAAAAGAGAGAAAAACAGGAGGCCCCAGAGUCCCCAGUGAAACCCGUGCAACCCCAGAUCUCUCCCUUAACAAUAAACAUUCCAGACAACAUGGCUCACCUGAUCAGCCCUCUCCCUUCUCCCACAGGAACUAUCAGUGCUGCAAAUUCCUGCCCAUCUAGCCCCCGUGGUGCAGGCUCUUCAGGGUACAAAAUGAGUCGUGUAAUACCAUCUGACCUACAUUUAAUGGCUGACAAUUCACAGUCAGAAAAUGACAAGGAAGCAUCGGGUGGAGAUAGCCCAAAGGAUGACUCAAAGCCACCUUAUUCCUAUGCACAACUAAUAGUACAAGCAAUUACAAUGGCACCUGAUAAGCAGCUUACACUAAAUGGAAUUUAUACGCACAUAACUAAAAAUUAUCCAUACUACAGAACAGCAGACAAGGGCUGGCAGAAUUCAAUACGCCACAAUCUCUCUCUGAAUCGUUAUUUCAUCAAAGUACCACGUUCCCAGGAAGAACCAGGCAAAGGCUCGUUCUGGAGGAUAGAUCCUGCCUCUGAAAGCAAAUUAAUAGAGCAGGCUUUUAGGAAAAGGCGGCCUAGGGGAGUACCUUGCUUUAGAACCCCUCUGGGACCACUCUCUUCUAGAAGUGCCCCAGCUUCUCCUAAUCAUUCUGGAGUGUUAUCUGCACACUCCAGUGGAGUACAGACCCCAGAAAGCCUGUCAAGGGAAGGAUCUCCAGUCCCAAUGGAACCUGAACCUAGUGCUAUCCAGCCAAAAUUAGCAGUAAUACAAGAAGCACGGUUUGCACAGAGUGCCCCAGGAUCACCUCUAUCUAGCCAACCAGUUUUAAUUACUGUACAACGGCAGCUACCACAAACUAUUAAACCUGUCACCUAUACUGUUGCAACUCCUGUGACAACAUCAACAUCCCAGCAGCCUGUAGUUCAAACCGUUCAUGUUGUUCACCAGAUACCAGCUGUGUCUGUCACGAAUGUGACUGGAUUAGCACCAGCAAACACUUAUACUGUAGCUGGACAGGCAGUGGUCACACAAGCUGCAAUGGUAACCCAGCCUAAGGUAGAACCUCAAGAGAAUGGAGACCACAAAGAAGUAAAAGUUAAAGUGGAACCUAUCCCUGCUAUUAGCCAUGCUACAAUAGGAGCUGCUAGCCGCAUCAUUCAGACAUCUCAGACCACGCCCUUACAGACAGUUACUAUAGUGCAACAGGCACCACUAGGUCAACACCAGCUACCAAUAAAAACUGUAACACAGAAUGGAACACACAUAGUACCUAUCACCACAGCGAUACAAGGGCAAGGCAACACUGCUACUGCAAGUCCUUUGCAUAUGUUAGCAACCCAUGCAUCAGCAUCGGCGUCUCUUCCAACAAAACGCCAGAAUGGAGACCAGUCGGAACAGCAAGAACUUAAACGUAUCAAAACAGAGGAUGGAGAAAGCAUAGUCAUAGCUGUUAAUGUGGACACCCCAUCUGUUGCAGUGAGUGAUCAAGGCAGCCAGAACUAGAAACUUUAGAGGAGUUUGCUUUUU